AUGACACACCGUCGCGCGGCUAUUUUGAGUCAAACCAGCGCCAACCUCGACUUUUCAACUUUCAACUUUGUUGCGUUUUUUUCCAACAUUGCAGAUAUGGACCAGAUCAAUAAGAAGCUGACCACGAGUCUCACCGACUACUCGGCUGCCCCUCGUCAACACAGCGGCCCAUAUGCCCCGAACCUGGACAUUGACGCCCUCGUUGUCGGCGCUGGAUUCGCCGGUGUGUUUUUGCUCAAGACUCUCCGCGACGCGGGUCUCAACACAGUCGUCUUCGAGGCCGGCAACGACAUUGGCGGAACCUGGCGCUGGAACUGCUACCCUGGAGCCGGUGUCGACUCCGAGGUGCCCGUGUACGAGUUCUCCUGGCCGGAAGUCUACAAGACUUGGAACUGGACGACCAACUAUCCCGAUUAUAACGAGCUGCGCCAGUACUUUGACCAUGUCGACAAGGUGGUGGGUAUUAAAAAGGACUGUUCCUUCAACACCGUGGUUGUCGGGGCGCACUUUGAGACGGGACCGGGCAAGUGGAUCGUCCGGACGGCCGACGGCCGCACAACACGGGCCAAGUUCCUAGUCUUGGCUACUGGAUUUGCCUCCAAGCGGUACGUCCCGGAAUGGCCCGGCAUCGACAAGUUCAAGGGCACCAUCCACCACUCCUCCUUCUGGCCGGACGAGGAUGCCAUCGACGUGCGCGGCAAGCGCUGCGCCAUCAUCGGCACCGGCGCCUCCGGCGUGCAGAUGACCCAGGCCUGGGGGCCCGUUGCCGGCGACCUCAAGGUCUUCCAGCGCACGCCCAACCUCACCCUGCCCAUGCGCAAGCGGCCGCUCACCGCCGUCGAGCAGGACGCCAGCAAGCGGCACUACCGGGACCUCUUCAGCAGCCGCGAGAAAAAUUUCGGGGGGUUCUUUUACGACAUGAUUGACCGCGGAGCGCUGGAGGACUCGCCGGAGCAGCGCGAGGCUGUCUUUGAGGGGCUGUGGGCGGACGGAGGCUUCCGCUUCUGGCUGGGCACGUACAGGGACGUCUUCCUGAAUGCGGAGGCAAACAAGGAGGCGUAUAAGUUUUGGGUCAAGAAGACUCGGGAGAGGGUUGCAGAUCCGAAGGUGAGGGAGCUGCUGGCACCGUCGGAGAUGCCUCACUAUUUCGGCGUCAAGCGGCCUUGUCUCGAGGACACGUACUGCGAGCAGUUCAACCGCGACUCUGUUCACCUAGUGGACAUCAAGAACAAUCCGAUCAGGGAGUUCACCGAGACCGGCAUCACUCUCAAGGACGGGACUUAUCACGAAUUGGACGUGAUUGCACUGGCGACAGGAUUUGACAUCGUCACCGGCACCAUGACGCAGCUCGGCCUGCAAAGCAUCGACGGGGGCGAGCUGGAGAAGGAGUGGGCAUCCGGCGCCAAGUCGUACCUCGGCAUGACCGUCAGCGGCUACCCCAACAUGUUCUACGUGUACGGUGCCCAGGCGCCGACACUCCUGUGCAAUGGCCCAACCUCGGCGGAGCUGCAGGGCCGGUGGAUCGCCGAGGCCAUCGCCAAGAUGCAAGCGACCGGCGUCAAGUACAUGAACCCCAAGGCCGAGGCCGCCGGUAGCUGGCGUCGGCGCACCGCGGAGGUCUGCGGCAAGUCGCUCUUCCCGACGACCAAGUCGACAUACAUGGGGGGCAGCAUCCCGGGUAAGGUUUUCGAGCCCAUGUGCUUCGUGGGCGGCACCGAUGUCUACGCAAAGGAGAUUCGCAAGGCGCUACAUGACAUGGAGGGUGGGUUUGAUCUGGCUAAGGACAACGGUAGCAAGAGCAUGUUAUGA